AUGUCUAGACCGUUCUCGCCCGACUCGCUGUCCGGCAGCAACGGGGAGUCUACCUCGACGCCAUCUGCCGCCUCUCGACGCAUCUGCCGCCAGCUUGUCGUUGAGGCGGAGACACAGGAUGAGGGUGUGAGGGUGACUCUGUACUGCAAGGUCUCCCUCCCCUCGACUGCCUCUUCAUCAUCGCACCCCCACAACCUCCUCACGCUCCUUCCCUCAUCGCGCUUGACAGCCAGUUCAACCUACUCGCUACCUCUCCAAGACGAUUCUCCCGAAGCGCUGGCCGCCGCUCGCAAGAUCGGCAUACUCUCCACGACUUCUAACGAACUCUCGCUUGUCCAGAAUGGCUUUGAUAGCCCGGGCGCUCGGUCGCUCCGUCGCAGACGAAGCUCUGCGGCUUCGGAUCUCCUCUCAAGGAUGAACGGCACCGAGUCGGACGAGCGGAGGGAAAUCGAAGUCGUCCAAGACGGCGAGCGAGUUGCCCUGCGCCUGAUGCCUGAGGACGGAGCGGUUGUUUCCCCGCCCUCUGGCUCGCCUGCGACUGAGCGGCCGACUUCAAGAGCGGGAGCGGCGACACCCACGCAGGCCGGGCAACGGAACCUCGAGUUUCUGGUUGUCUUGACGCUCGAGGUGGAAUUCGGGAGGCUGCGCUUGCCACGCUUCGCCCAUACGAUCACUGUCCCUACGCCCCUCUGUCUGCGCAACACUCUCUUCUUCGACUUGCCUUCCCCUCCGCCUUCGUCUGCAUACUCAACUUGGGACCUCUCCGUCCGACCUUCGCUCAGCAACGCCCAGUCGACAUCUCAUCCGGCUGUCAAUGUCGAGGGAACCCGAAUCAGCGGAACGUUCCCGACCACUUCCUCUGUCUCGCUGCGAUGGGCGCCUCAACUUGCCGACGGCAUCGCUUCUCUCGUCAUCAAGCGCGCGCUUCUCGAGACGAGCUGGAAGGUCGACGAGAACGGUGCCGCGACAGCCGAGGUCGAGGUGUCGGGACACUUCGAGUACUCGGGCUUGCGGGAGAAGCAGUGGAUCGAGGUCGAGGUCGGCAUGCCCUUCGUCCAAGCGGAGGGGUCGCCGUUGGAUAUCACGGGGUGCAUCGCUUCGGACGGCAUCACCUCCAUCCUCGACUGGGAGGUCGCCCCCGCGCCCAACUCGGCGGCACCGUCACCUCACUCGACCAACCAGCUCGACCUGCCCGUGAAAACGCCACCUGAACUUCCGUCGCUUCCUCCUCUCAUCCGACAACCGACAGAGUCCGGACUGUCCGACUCGGCUGCCUCGGUUCUUUCGACCAGCGCGUCGACCUCCUACCCCUUCACGCCAACGCCAGCCCCUCGUCGCAAACGUGUCUCGAGCCGUACAUCCGACCCGCGACCACCAAGUUGGACUUCUCUCUUCGACACCGCACCGCCCGCUCCACCAGUUCUCGACACCAGCUUCUCUACCGAAUCGCCUUCUCGGGCCUUGCCUGGGCCGCGAGUCGUGAAGGAGCCGAGCCUUCUGCAGCAGGCUGCGCCGUUCGAUCCCGAGGCGAGCGCGAUGGACAUGAGCUUCGAGGUCUCGUCAGUGCCGUCGACCUCGAGCGACCUGCUCGACGGACCUGCGGUGCAACCGACGCUGUCAACUUCCGCUAAACAAGCCGUUGAGCGGUCUGCGACCUGCCUCGUUCGUGUUCAAAUCGACCUCGGCCCGUCACUUCGCUCUUUCGCGUCUCUUCCGACUACCGCCGGCGAUGACGACCUCGCACCCGCCUUCUCCUUCGCUCUGGCUCUCCACUUCUCGUCCUCCGCCCUCUCCGCCGAAACCGCUCCCGACUCGUCAGUCCGCCUCGUAUUGCCCUCGAUCACGCUCCCUAGCGCCCAGCACGAGGAGAACGUCGUCUCCGUCUCUUCGACCUUGUCUCAUCGCCUCAUCGAGCUCGUCUCCCCUCCGCCCGUCUCUCCCGAUGAGACUGUUGAGCCGCCGAUGUCGCCUCUGCCGGCCAGCAAAGGCGUCGCGCGUUGGUCUACCCUGCGCACGGGUGCAACGCCGACUGGAACUGCGCCGCCACCUGUCCAGGUGGACAUCUUGUCUGCCGACGCCUCCCUCGCCGAGAGAGUCGACACUCCGCCCGCACCGUCGCCGCUCGCGUCGGAUUGGACAGGCGCAGAGGCGGACUUUGCGGAAGGUCUCGCGGCGUCCGCUCGGGAGGACGAGACGGCGGACCUUCUGGACGAGCGAGCACCUUCGCCGUCGACGGCUGCGCCCUCAGUCAUCGAAGUCGAGGCGCCUGUAACCGUUUCGACUACCGACGAGCCGCCCUCGGCUUCCGUUGACGACACGCCGCCCACGACGUCCUUUGACGACACGCCGCUCGCUCACGUGAACGUUACGAUAACGCCUGUUCCGCCUGCUCCUGGACACUCGCUCUGGGAGUACUACUACGAGUUCGAGUUCACGCCGGCGUAUACCGGAGCCAUCGCGAGCGAGCGAUCAAGCGCAGACCUGACCGCUCUCGCCGCUUGGAACGAACAGGGCGAAGCUUGCCUGGAGACCGAGCCGUCGGAGGCGCAGGAUGCGAAGGGUCAGCGUUUCCGGGUUGAGCGUGCGCGGCGACUCGUAUUGGUCGCGCAUCACUCGGAUGGCGUGCGACCAGGGCUGGGCAGCAUCUUGCGACUCGAACGCCAAAUCGUCAAGCUGUCGGUAGAGCUCGUGCCGCUCAAAGGCCUCAUCUCGGAACCCCGCCGCGCAGAAGCCAUCUACGCCUCGCGCACGAGCACCAGCCUCGUCCGCUUCUGCGUGCCGUCUGGCGCCCCUCUCGGUCCCUUCUUCACGUUCAGGCGCGCAAAAAUGGCUGGAACCCACCGUCUCGCCGUCGCACCGGAAGCCUGGACUCUCCCUUCACUUCCAACGCGCCUUUGGCAGCUCCUCAUGAUUCUGUUCGCUCUCGGCAUUUACUACGCGAUCUAUGCGGCCACGUCGACGCCCACCUUAUCGCAAGGGCUCUCGAGGCGCCAGCUCCGCACCACAUCUGUCGACGCAACUCCCGCCAUCUCAAGCUCUUCCGCCAUGACAUCCUUCCUCCGCACGCCGCAUACCGUCACCACGACGGCAACAUCGACUUCAACCAUCAUCUCUUUCAUCACCCAUACACCAGCAUCGACUCCGCCUGUUGUCCACACCACCACCCUGUAUCGCACGACGACCAUCCGCCAAGCCACGCCCGUCACGCCGACCGCACCACUCGCCUUCGAUGACUCUCUCCCUCCAGCAACGUCGGCUACCAUCAUUCCGCGCCGGGAGCACUCGCUCGCGCGGGAAGACGCGCACUCGCUCGUCGAAUCGUUCCGUGUUUGGCUCGAGCGGGUCAAGCUGGAGGUGCGGCUGCGCUGGCGCGACUUGUUGGCCUUUGUUAUGUAG